AUGGCUUCUAGAAAAAUUUGUUCAUGGUUUGUAUUUAUGAUUAUUACACAAUCAGUUGGAGAAGAUAUGCGAUCGGUUCAAAUGUCUUUAAUGCGUAAUUCGAAAUUUCAAUGUGCUAAUACAACUUGUUUACCAUUUAUUAAUUUUAUCACAAGAACUAUUCUCAAUUGUCAAGCAGGUUGUUUAGCUGUAAUUGAAUGUGCAGCAGCAAGUUUUCAUCGAUCAACGUCUAAUUGUGAAUUAUUUACUGAUAUGUCAAAUGAAAUUGCACAUAUGCAGGCUGAUACCGACAUUACUACUAUGAUUGCUAUUGCUGGAACACGAUCUCCACCUGGUUAG